UUUUGAAGUAUUAUUUUACCCUUUGAAUAACAUGGUUUGGUAUUGUUGUGCCCUUCCACAUACAAGACUUUGGUAUGAUUUCAUGGUAUUUUACCAUCUAUUACUGGGCAACCAAGGGCACAUUUUGGUCCCUGUUAUUUGCCCAAGUAAUACCAAAAUUUGGUAUUCCCGUGUUAUUUACCCUUGCUCGGGAGGUCGUCCCAAUAAUCAAAGAAUUUACUGUAAGAGAACACAUGAAUACGAUACUUCUAUUUCAUUGUAACCAAUCUUAUUCGGCAGACUUGUUCAAACAGAGAGUAGAUGUUAUAUUUAUAAAAUCUUAAAUCAAUUUCAGGAAAUGGGUGUACAAAACAAUUCGAAACUGAUUUAUAUUUACAGUCAACGGAUCGACCGAGAAGCUUCUGGGAAACCCGCUUCGGAUAUCAAUUGAUGCGUUGAAGAAAUUACAUUUAUGUAACAUAAAUUGCAUUCUUAUCCGAUGAUUUUUUUUUAUUUCAUAGAAUCCUGGAAGUAGAAAAAUUAUUGCGAUUUCUGUAAAUUGAUUUUACUUAAUAGGCUAAGUGAUUUUCGAUAUUCUACCAAAUUGGUGUUAUUACACCUUCAUAGGGACGAUUUCGUUCAAUUGAAAUUGACAAAAUUUCUCGAAGAUUUGAAUUUCCUUUCAUUUUCUCUACAAAGGGAUAACAUUCCUUAGACAGGUUCAAUGAAAGGCACUUACCGGCAAUUUGAACCGUUCAGUAAAGCAAUUCACAUCAAAUAUUCAAACAAUUUUCCCCUGCAUGCGCUUUAAAAUCAUGCUUUGUGCUCGGUCCACAAUCACAGCACAAUGAAGCUACCGGGAGUCACUACGUUAUUACUGGCUCACUCGGUUCUGGGCCUCUUCGAUGUGAACCUUCUGGAAGAUUAUCUUCGCUGGAAAAGGCUUAGAGUUGUGGUCGUUUUCCACUGCCUCGACCAGAACCAUGGUAAGAUGUCUUUGCAUGGGUUACGUAACCUGGAGUUAAAAUUUGUUUUAAAACUUCAGAUAUCCUCAAGUUAUCUGAAAAGAUGAGCUAUUCCUUCAGUGGGAAGAUUCAUUACGUGGACAUUUCUAAUUUGUCCGUUACCUGGAACCAUUCUCACUCGAUGAUGUCCAGCUACCAUCUAUUAGGUGCUACGGCGGAUUUACAGUGUCCAACGGUGUCGCAACUCUUCGACGUCAUCUCCGACCAUGGGUACUUCAACUCUUCAUACCAUUGGCUACUGUACGGCGAAACGGACUCGCUCGAAUCAGCUUCAUGCUUGCUGGACGGGCAAAACUUGAACAUCGAUGCCAAGGUAACACUGGCGGUUGAGAUUAAUCGAACGGAAUCCGGCGAACAUUACGACCUGUUCGAUGUGUACAGUCCGUUUAGAAGACGUGGAGCCAAGCUUAACGUGACUUUGGUGGGAAAUUGGAGCACUGGCAAAAGUUUUCAACUUGCCAGCAAUCAAACUGAGUACGAGCGAAGAAUUGACUUUGGUGGGAUUUGGCUGAAGGGAGCGAUUACGGCGCUGGAUCAAGUUCAUUACGAAACUUUGAUGGAACAUUUGACCAGUGACGCUCCGGUUGAGGCGUAUGCCCUGCACCGAUUUGGAUACCAAAUCUGGGAACUAAUAAUGCAGAAGCACAACUUCACAAUAAAACUGCUUCAAACGCCAUCGUGGGGCAUUGCUACCAGUGAAAGGGAUUCCCAUUCCGGUAUCAUUGGACAACUGGCAUCGAAAGAAGCUGAUCUAGCGAUCAACACCCUAACCUACACCAAGGAUCGAAUCUCCAUAAUAGACCACACGGUCACCAUUGCAAUGUCCAAGAUGCUACUGGUAUUUCGUCAUCCCAAAGUAACCGGAAACCGGAACUUGUUCCUGCGACCAUUCGAAGUCGACGCAUGGAUGGCAGUUUUGGGUGUGAUCGUUCUGGCAAGUAUCGUCCUAUUUGGAAAUUUCUGCGCAGAAAGCUACAAGGAAUACUACGACAAAGAGGUUCACGACAAUCGAUCGCUCGUUUUCUUGACUGUCUUUGGCAUCUUGUGUCAGCAAGGGUUUUCCUCCAAAACAAUGUUCAACUCGACAAGGAUCACCCUCAUAAGCACGUUGAUCUUUUCGGUGCUUCUAUACCAAUUCUACUCCACGUUCAUCGUCGGAUAUCUGCUGAUAAUACCACCGAAAACCAUGUCCACCUUACAGCAUCUGCUCGACAGCAAUCUCAAGGUCAUCGUGGAAGAUUUGGGCUACAACAUCGACUUUCUCAAUCAAACCAAAGACCCGCUCGCAACCCAACUCUACCAUACGAAGAUCCUCAACGGCGAGAACAACUUCCUAAACGUGUCGGAAGGGAUCGCCCGGGUACAGCAGGGCGGGUACGCGUUCCAAUGUGACACCGCGUACGCGUAUCCGCUCAUGAAGCGCACCUUCACCGACAAGGAGAUUUGCGACCUGCAGGAAACCGUGCUCAGCCCGUUCCGGCAGAUGCACUUGCCGCUGCCGAAGGGGAGUCCCUUCAGGGAGAUGUUCCGCGUGACCGUCAGGAAGAUUGUGGAGAGUUCGGUUGGGUUCUACCAGCAGAAGCGGUUCUUCUGCGAUAAGCCCAAGUGCGCAAAGAGCGAGCUGGAGCCGAUCGAUGUGGACAUGGACAACGUUUCGUCGCUGUUUAUUGGGAUGCUGGUGUGCUUGGCUGGGUGUGUGGGGCUUUUGAUGGUUGAAUGGAUUACUUAUUCUUAUUUUAAAGGGCACGGUGAAAAGUUAAGUAAUAUUGACUAA